AAUGAAGUUUCAUAUUCUGAUGUCGCGGCAUGUGGUGGGUAAUCGGGAUGACGUAACUCGGGCUCAUCCUGACGCGAUAGCAUCGCGCGACACACGCCAAUCCAGCCUUCCUGUCCUCUCCUACCACCAUAUUGAGGAUUGGUUCCUUUAACUUAGCAGUAUCAAAAGAUACAUGCUUGCGACAUCUCUGAAGCUCAGAGAAGACACGUAGCUCUCUAAGUUACACCGCGUUGACGACGAUUACCUUAUCAAGCCUCUGUACACUUCAAGAACACGACAAAUGGCAUCCUCAGAGACAGCACCUCUACUGCGCCAGGAAUCGACAACGUCAUACGCUCCAGAUGAGGAAUACGAUGAAACUACCGCCGCGAGAAGUACUUUUGCCCGCAACCUGGGUGCGCUUGAUGGCUUCGCGCUCCUGAUAAGCAUCGUCAUCGGAUCCGGAGUAUUUUCAUCGCCAGGACCCAUCGAUGCGAAUGUUCCAUCACCUGGCGCUGGGCUACUUGUAUGGCUAGUUGGCGGUAUUCUAGCAUGGAGUGGCGCUCUGACCAUGGCUGAGCUCGGUACGGCGUUUCCUGGCGAAGGCGGCAUCCAACCAUAUCUCACUUACAUUUAUGGAGAUGUCUUUGGAUACAUGGCGGCUUGGUCUUGGGUCGUUGCGACCAUGCCAGCUACACUUGCGAUUCUCAGCAUCGUAUUUGUGGAGUCCAUCUACUCCAGCUUGGGUGUGAAUGAACCAGAUCCGCCUAUCACGCAUAAAUUGCUGUCUCUGCUUGUCCUAGUGUGUGUCACGACUCUAAACUCCAUCAGCACCAAGACGAGCACUCGGUUAUCUAGCUUCUUCGUUGCCAUAAAACUGCUUACCAUUUCCUUGCUUAUCAUAUCUGGGUUAGUCGUGGUCUUUGUCUUUGUCGGAAAGAGCAAGGACCUCGGAGGUCAUGAUUGGCAUCAAAACAAUUGGUUCUCGCCAAGAGACACGGCAUUACCCGACGGAUCAAGGUUCGACUGGACAAAGGUGACUACAUGGGAGUCACUUGGGUUCUAUUCAACUGCUCUUUAUGGAGCUCUAUGGGCAUACUCUGGUUGGGACAAAGCCAACUAUGUUGCAGCUGAGUUGCGGAAUCCCAGCCGUCAGCUUCCACUGUCAAUCAACACCGCUAUACCUAUAAUCAUACUCUGUUAUGUCGCAGCUAACGCGGUCUACUAUAUUUUACUUCCCUGGGGGGUUGUAUCAACAACGGAUGCUGCUGCUGUAACGGCUGUUACCCAUUUCCUUGGCAAGGGUGUAGCUUACUUUGCUACAGCGCUCAUCUGUCUUGUAAUUGCGGGCUCCGCCCUUGGUAACUCUUUCGUCGCUGGAAGGAUGACUGUGGCAGCGGCGAACAACAAUUGGUUCCCGCGUGUUUUUGGCACAGUCGGAUAUGUUGGUACCCUUAGAGUAAGCAAAAUUGCCGAUUCGGAUGAGCCAGCGGAUAUGGCCAUGGACAAUGGAGAGUCUCCGAUCAAUGCUUUGAUUCUCAACACUAUCCUUUCUGGCAUAUAUAUUCUGCUCGGAAACAUGCGCAUCCUGUUAACUCUCAACGGGCUGGCUGAAUAUGCUUUCUUCUUUCUCACCGUGCUUGGAGCCAUCAUCUUACGCUUCCGAGAGCCCGAUCUACCCCGACCCGUGAAGCCUCUCAUUCUUAUCCCUAUACUUUUUGCCCUGAUCAGCGGCUUUGUCGUUGUUAGAGGCGCUGUAUUCGCGCCCAUACAGGCAGCGAUUCUCGUAGGGAUCUGGCUUUGUGGUCUUGUGUUUUACUUUGUUAGGCUAUGGUUCCUGAAGAAGAGGUCUGGAAGAUCGGACUGAAGUAAACAUUGAGCAUGUAGAGAAUUGCAACUCCUUCGGUCUCAGAGGCAUCGCACAGCCUGGGUCAUCAUAUCGUGCCAUGACUAUCUAUACGGCUUGAGUGACACUAGUGG